GCUGUAUUUCCUCCGUGAAACGUUAGUGUUGUGUGAGCUUGUGUGUGGUUGUGUGCUUCGGGAGCAUGGAUUUUAGAUGCUGCGUAUAGAAAUGAGCAGCUCUGCGCUUUGAACAGGAUGAACUUGCGACAUUUAGCCGGGGAGUGGUGACGCUAUCGCUGGCUAGCUGAGAGCUAGCUGGGCGCUGAGCGGAGCUCUACACAGAUCGGGCAGUAAGAGCUUUCAAAACUAAAGAGUCUUCGAUCAUUAAAAAACCCACGGUAAACCCAUCAAAAUUCAAGUGUGACCCUAGAGAUCAUAACGAAAUUGGUUUCCCUGAGCUAAAAAGAUGUCCACCAUGGUGUACCCACGGGAAGAGAAGCUGGAGAAGCUUUCUCAGGAGGAGAUCAUCUCGAACACAAAGCUCGUGAUCCAGGGUCUCGAGGCCCUGAAGAACGAGCAUAACUCCAUCCUUCACAGCCUCCUGGAGACCAUCAAGUGCCUAAAGAAGGAUGAAGAGGCCAACCUGGUGCACGAGAAGUCCAAUCUUCUCCGCAAGUCAGUGGAGAUGAUUGAAUUGGGCUUGGGAGAAGCACAGGUGAUGAUGGCCCUGUCCAACCACUUGAACGCGGUGGAGUCGGAAAAGCAGAAGCUGCGCGCACAGGUGAGGAGGCUUUGCCAGGAGAACCAGUGGUUGCGGGAUGAGCUGGCCAACACCCAGCAGAAGCUGCAGAAGAGUGAACAGAGCGUGGCCCAGCUGGAAGAGGAGAAGAAGCACCUGGAGUUCAUGAACCAGCUCAAAAAAUACGAUGAAGAUGUCUCACCCACUCAGGAGGAGAAAGACAGAGAAACACCAAAGGACUCCCUGGAUGACCUCUUCCCCAAUGAUGAGGAGGAGCACGGCCAAGGAAUGCAGCACCAACAUAACAGUGCAGCCGUGGUCGCAGCCCAGCAGGGAGGCUAUGAGAUCCCAGCACGUCUGAGAACCUUGCACAACCUGGUCAUCCAGUAUGCCUCUCAGGGCAGGUACGAGGUGGCCGUGCCCCUGUGCAAGCAAGCUUUGGAGGACCUGGAGAAGACCUCGGGGCAUGAUCACCCUGAUGUGGCCACCAUGCUCAAUAUCUUGGCUUUGGUGUAUAGGGAUCAGAAUAAAUACAAAGAGGCAGCCCAUCUGCUCAACGAUGCUCUAUCCAUCCGUGAGAAAACCCUGGGCAAGGACCAUCCUGCUGUUGCUGCCACCCUGAAUAACUUGGCCGUGCUGUAUGGAAAGAGAGGGAAGUACAAGGAGGCCGAGCCUCUGUGUAAGAGAGCUCUAGAGAUCAGAGAAAAGGUCCUGGGGAAGGACCACCCAGAUGUGGCCAAACAGCUGAACAACCUGGCUCUGCUGUGUCAGAAUCAGGGCAAAUAUGAGGAGGUGGAAUAUUACUACUGUCGUGCCCUGGAGAUCUACGAGUCCAGGCUGGGCCCAGAUGAUCCAAAUGUGGCCAAAACCAAGAACAACCUGGCAUCCUGCUUUCUCAAACAGGGGAAAUACAAGGAGGCUGAGAUUCUCUACAAAGAGAUCCUGACUCGUGCUCAUGAGAAAGAAUUUGGAUCUGUUGAUGCUGACAACAAGCCCAUCUGGAUGCACGCCGAGGAAAGGGAGGAGAGCAAGGGCAGGCACAGAGACAAUACUCCAUACGGAGAGUACGGAGGCUGGUACAAGGCCUGCAAAGUCAAUAGCCCUACAGUAAACACCACCUUGAGGAACCUGGGGGCUCUGUACCGCCGCCAGGGCAAGCUAGAAGCUGCUGAGACCCUGGAAGAGUGCGCUGCAAGGUCUCGCAAGCAGAGCAACACAGGCAUCGACCCAAUCCACCAGACACGUGUGGUGGAGAUCCUGAAAGAUACAGAGGGCGACAGGCGGAAGAGCAGGGACAGUCUCGCCAGCGUUAAGUAUGAGAGCGGCUCUGAGACCGGCGAGGAAGUGAGUAUGGGCGUGGAGUGGAACGGGGAUGGCAGUGGAACCCUCUAUCGCAGUGGCUCUCUGGGGAAGCUCAGGGAUGUUUUGCGUCGCAGCAGCGAGAUGCUGGUGAAGAAACUGCAGGGCAACGUACCCCCUGAACCUCGCAGCACCAAUAUGAAGCGAGCCUCUUCCUUGAACUAUCUGAACAAAUCCAGCGAUGAAACGUUCCAGAAUCGAGGGGGCAGUAAUUUCAGGGAGAGCCGUGGGCUCAGCUCCAGCACUGUGGAUCUCUACUCUGGAAACUGAGCAGCAGGCGGUUCUGUUCACCCAUCCAAAGACACUACUCCCCCUCCUCUUUCUCCCUUUGGCCUUCGGCAACAGAACCGUCGGACAGUGUCGAGUCCAGCACGCAUUUUGUCCACACGCCUGACCCAAAGAUCCUCUUAGAUUCCCACUCAUCAGGAUGAAUACCUACGUAACCAGUCUGAUAUUUUUCCCGUUGCCACAUUUCUGCAUUUCCCUCGUCGUAGUCCUAAUGUCUUGUUGCCUUGGUGCGUCCUAAUUGUGGCCAAGAAAACCUGCCGUACCUCAUCUCUGCCCUUAAUUCAUAAUCACUGACUCUGCACUUUGAGUUCGCCUCUCGCCAUAAAUGCCACCUUUUGACAGUAAUAACCGAUUUUUAGUUAAGAUUAAGUUUUUCUUACAUGUAAAUAAAAGAUACUUUGUAGACUGUAGAUUUAUUUUUGCCUUCGACGGUAGAUAAAGAUGAAAAGGUUUUGGGUUUGAAAUGACGUCAUGUAACGUUUUCCUUUUAAUGAUUUGCCCGUUGAGAUUUAUUGCGAUGUUAGGGGUGUAGCUUCAAACUUUGGGAAACAGGGUGAAGAUGUUUAUUCUACUGACGUGACUGUAACUGAAAUUAUAGCUGCUGCUUUAACCACUACAGCUGAUCUCGUGCGUUGCAGAGAAAGACACAGGUGUAAUCGUGUAAACCAUGGAAAGCACUCCUUUAAAAAAAACAACAACAACUUGUGUAUGUACAUAUAUAUGUGUGAAAAAGUAAACCAAUCAGGACUGAACUGUUCAUCCUGAACAGUGGUGCCAUGCAGGACUUGACUGCUGUAUGUUAGUCCACUCUGCAGGUUUGAGAUGCCAACUCUGAGCACAUCUUUCUGUAAUGCUGUGAUUGGGGAUGUGUGACGAUGGUAAGAUUUGAGUGUGUUGUUUGAUUGUGUUUUUCGUGUCGCUACUCAAAAACAACUGGAAUGUCUUUUUUUCUAAUUCCCUUAUUUUGCCUUUGUUUUCAUUUCAUUCUAUGUAAUAAAUAUAAAAGAUAGAAUAUGAUCAAGUGCUCAAAUUUCAACAAGUAGAAAGCGCGUUUCAUUUAAGGGGACAGUUGCACACGCGUCUGUUUUGAUCUGAUACUUAAAACGACCCCAGUUGGUGUCUGAUCUUGAUAAAAGAAAUAAAACCAUUUUCUAC